CAAAUGUCGGAGAGCGAACCUGGUCGUAAGCGACAACGCGUCUCAGAGCAUGAGACUCCGAUGAUAAUGGACGUCCACUCACCAGCGAAGUGGGAUUUUUGUCACCAUGGUGCGAAGAGCUCAACGGCCAAUUGACGGCGAUCCACAACGUCAUUCGUGUGUUGGGACCGCGAAAAAAGCUCGAGAAACCAUUUCGUUUCAACUUGGAAGACGACGACAAAGACGAAAAAGAGGACCCCGUGGAGAUAGAGAAAUGUCUGUGGAAAACGAGAGAAGCGAUGGAAUUGCUGUCACUAGUAGCAAAAGUGGAUCCAAAAGCUUUCCACAUGCUAAUGACAGAACAGUGUGGACUGACACUCGACGACGAAGAGAGUGAAGAAGAGGAGGAAGAGUUCCGAGUGAUGUUACCUGGCGACGACGACAGAGAUAUUAUCUUCAGUGAUUAUGACGAGAGCGAAGAGGAAGAAGAAGAAGAAGAAGAAAAUGAGGAGGACCGACCAAUCGAGAUUGUAGUUGAUGCAGAGGGCCAAGAAAACCCAGACCAGGGAGACGACGAAGUUGAUGAGGGUGUUGAUGAUGUGCUUGUACUCCCUCCUGACACAUUGAAGAGUGAACGGCGUCAAGAGCGGGAAAAAUACCUCUCACCUCGCUUCGACUUCAUCUCGUUGACGGGAGUUCCUGGCCUUCUGGAUCCUAAUGAGUCUCCCACACAGGAGUGGGAAAAACUCUUUUUGGCUGACUAUCCGCAAUACCAACCUGGUGAGGAGUACGAAAAGGCGAAAGCGUGCAUCUUGAAAAUGCAAUCGGACGAGCGACAGAUCCCCUCGUCGCUAGAGAUUCCUGUGUCGCUCGAGCUUAGUAACUGGUCAAAAACUGCCGACCUACUUGCUGGAUAUCUAAAGGAUCUUGGCGUAUUAAUGCAGGCGAUGGAGAACCGCGCGAAGCCACUUGGCUCCGCUUUAAAAGGGGUGAAGACUGACAGGGCAAGCACGUUUAUCUACCGCUUGAUUGAACUAUCGAUGACAAUUAGCCACAGAGACAAGAUGAACCAUCGCUUGGCUGAGCGCUUGUGUGAAGUUCUGGGCAGUGGAAUUCCUAUCGGCGAGCUUCACAUACGUUUGGGCGAUCGAUCCGCAACUGAUGACCAAGCUGCUUGCCAUGACGCCCUCGCAAAGCUGUUCACUGGUAUGUUGAUGCAGCCACUCACACCGAAUCAGAAGGGUCUUCCUUCGUUCUCCGAGCUUCAAAUUGACUGUGAAGACUCAGUAUUGUGGCAUUUCGAGGCUUUGUGCUCGGCUUUAUCCGUAUCACAAGUCUGUAUCCGGAAACUUCGUCUGCCUGGUGUAUGCAGCUACCGCACAAAAGAUGAAUUACGUCAGAGAUAUUGGCGGUUAAUAGCUCAGACAUUCUUCCACCCAAACUCGACUUCAACUGGUAUCUUUUCUUCGGUUCGGGCUUUGGAUCUAUCGGAUGUGAAAUUGACUCUGGACGAGCUCGCAGAGAUUUCUGCAGUUCUUCAGGAGAAAGAGCACAUUGCGCAGGUCGCUCAGCAAUGGGAUCUUUGUCAAAAGAACUGGAUGUUACAUAAAAGCACGCCACUGCAGUUUUUGGAGAAGGAAGGCGACUCAAUUAUCGCUGUUGACGGUAGCUGUAUUACUCUGCCCUAUGACUCGCGUGUUGAGCUGGUGCAGAAUGAUUCUGACGAGAAGUCCAACGAUGAAAGCGAUUGGAUAGACGUCAUCAUUCCAGCGUAUGGCCGGUGUCGAGUACGUCGCGAAAAUUUUGUUUCCGAGACGAUCAAAGAAGCUGUUGUAGUAGGUGAGCCUUUGUCGGCGCUAUCGCUUGCGUUUAAAACUAAUGCAGAGGGAGUAGAGGGUCUCCUUAAGCAGAUCGGGUGGUCUCUUCGUGAACUGUCCUUGUCAUUUCACCGCGAGAUCGACGUGAACGCAAUGGUGCCUGGCAUCCUGGAGGCCUGUCCGAACUUGAGAAAACUAGCACUGGAUGAAUGUUACAUCGACUUGGAUCAAUUUUCCACCUUGUAUGAAUGUGCUGGACCAAUACUUUCGACGUUGCAAUUCCAGGACUACUACGGUAUUGGAGAGGGCGAUGGCAAACUGUUCAUGAAGCGACUCGGAGAUCCGACAACUCGACUGGCAAAACAUUUGCGAGAGCUCACUAUUCAUGCUGAAGAGUACGCUGAGCCACUAGACCACCCGACUCUGAGUGCGCUGUGUAUAGCUCUAGAACACAACACAACACUCGAGAAGCUGCAGGUGAUGGUGUCUCGGACUGUAUGGAGUGCCAUUUGGAAGCGGCGUCUACGUCGCUCUAAUGGGCAAGUCCUACCUCCACGUCCACUCCCCUUAUCUUCCAAGCUGGCAUUCCUCAGUGUUGCACACCACGGAGAGAGCAAUACUGCUGAAACAGUACCCGCUGUCAAACGUUUGGAUCGACGUGUACUGUCACUCAUUUUCGAGUUUGCUGCGACUCGUGUAAUUCGGUCAGUUCAAGUCUACGGGUAAUCAACUUCCAACAACGUUUUUUAAUGAAUGUACCACAUCGAAGGUGUCAUUGCAAUCGAAUCAGUUGACAAGAAUAAACAAGAAACAAGAGAACAGCUUGAAUGGUGCAAAAAGAGCGGGUCUUUUCCUGAACAUCUUCAAGUACCAACCCACAAUUUUGGAUUCGUUUGACGGCACUUUAUCCUCAAAUCUAAUCUGAAUACGUGAC